AUGUGGCAGUUGGAGCUUCUCUGUCAGGUGAUUCCAGCCUUCGGGGCACUGGGAAAAGAGUUUAUAGACCGCGAUCACAAUGAUGCGGAUCUCACCAGUGAUGCCAAUGAUUGCUACAGUGAUAUCGUCGUCAUUGGUACGGCCCUAGUCGCAUCAUGUGGAGAGUGGUCACCUGGUCUCAGAGGAGAAGAGGUGGAAAGGUUGUUGAAAGUUUUGGAAAGCCGGUUGCCACAAAAAUGGAAGCCGUUUGAAUUCAUCAAGACUUAUGCAAUGGCUGUUGACAAAAACACGAAACAGCGGCCGUUCAAAAAGCUGCAUGAUAUCGUCACACGUAUCGAAUCGCAUGGCCUCGGAGGUUACAAUGCUUGCGCCGAACUGUCCAGUCAGACAGAAGAUCAACGGCAAAGGUACCUGGACAUCAUUCGUCAGGACAUGAAAGUUGAGUUGUUUCAUGGGAAAGAGAAGACCUCCAAGUUGGUGCGCGAGAAGUUCAUCACACCGAUCAAAAUAGCUGCCACGCAUCUGUCCAAUGUGUAUUGCAGAGACCGGUCGACACAUGGCAAUUCUGAACUGAGUCUAUCUCAGCAUCCCAGCAGUGGGAUGAGGGACGCAGCAAACAGGAUUUAUAGUAUGCUGGAGCGCCACUGGCAAUGCAACUGCCAUCAGAGAGCUACCAGGCCAGAGAGGGCAAGAGAAGCGAGGCUCAGUUUAAUCCGACAUCAUAUAUUGGCGCUGAAGCUCUCUUCAGGUAGAACUUCUUCUCGAGGACUACUUCAAAAGGCUAAGUACGAAGUUCUUCUGCCUGUAUGCAAAGAACAGGUUGAGUGGAAGGUGACUAAUGUGGAGGUCAAUAAAGAAGCAUCCUGCAAUGUAAAAGUCGCUCAUGAAAGGCAUCAUGUUAGCCGAGACAUCUGCCAGUGGCUGAAGCAGAGUAAAGGCUACCAAGUCGACUUCAUGUUAGAGAAUGACAAAUUUUGGCAUCUGCGGCCCCAAAUUUCCGACGAUGUCGACCAUCGUACGAUCAUGGAACCUCUUCAACAGCUUCUGGGGAAUGGCAUGUCCAUUUCUCACAUAAUGAGGUAUACGCCAAAAGAGAAUCUCAUUCUCUGCUACGUCCUGGCAAACUCCAUGCUGUUUUUGUAUCCUGGAUCUUGGUUACACACGGCAUGGAAUAGUAGCAAGGUCUAUUUCAUCCGCCGGGCGAAUGCCCCGGCAUCCAAACCAGUCGCCCUAAACUUCCCCUACCUUUCAGUUGAUAUGCAGGAAAUAGAGGAACCUACUCGAAUCACAUGGCCCCAUAUGCAAUCCCAUGCUCAUCCAAGCAUUCUGGCACUCGGCAUACUCUUCUUAGAAAUCGCCACAGGGGCUUGCUUCCCGCGGAGACCUUACGCAACAAUUAUACCUACCGAGGAGCAGUGCACCGACGACCAUAAAGAGGCUUGGGGAUUACUGAAAAAGCUAGAAUUGCAGGCAGAGCGCGACAGAUCUAAACGGAUAUCUUCUACCCUGCUGAGGGUAAUUCGCGCUUGCAUAAAACUGGAGCCUCCGCACAACAUUCCAAGCCAUAGCCUUUUGGAGGAAGGCCCUAUUCGGCAGUACAUCUUGUCAUGUAUCAUUUUACCGCUGGCAUCGGAGCUUGUGGAUGGGUACAAAGUUCACUUAGAAGAGCUUCACAGUUCCUUGGAAAAGGAGUUGAAGAGCUUCGAUGUGACUGGAGAACAAAGACCAAACAACGUUGCUAGUGUUUUGCCAGGGAAUGACCUUGGCAUUUCAGAGCAGGAAAGAGACGACCCCGUACCGAAAAACUCAGAGAGAAACGAGCUAUGCCUCAUGGCAGAUUGUGGUGAGAGCGAGGUGGCAGUUGACAGAGUAGCAUUAUCUAGAACAAAAGAGUGGUUCGGAUAUCACCAAGAUAUUCUCUCUCGAAUAAAUCAACAGCUGCACGAUUCGGAAAUACCACAGACACGGAAGGUCAGAAUUGCCAUUCUAGACAGCGGCAUUGAGUUAACUCCGGAUCACCGGGACUUGUACGACCUCGAGCCCAGAAUAUCGUACAGAAGUUGGGUCGACAAAGAUCCCGAAUGGAGGGAUGACGUUGGACAUGGCACGCACCUUGCCAUUCUUCUCCGAAAGGUUGCACCGAACGCUGCAAUUUACGUAGCAAGGGUCUUCAAAAAGAAGCCGCGAGGCGACGCAUCUGCACAAAUUAUUGCCGAGGCUCUUCGACAUGCGGUCGACAUCUGGGCUGUUGAUAUCGUAGUCAUGUCAUUCGGGUUCGGUAGUAGAAACGACCAUCUGUGCGAAGAGAUCCAGAAGGCGGCUGGAAAAGGCGUGCUAAUGUUUGCAGCCGCGUCUAAUGGAGGGAAAAAUAGACAAGAUGGUAUAUCGUGGCCCGCACGGGAAGAAAACGUCAUCUGCGUCCACUCUGCAGACGGCCUGGGGAACCGCUCUGCAUUCACACCGAGCCCUAGAGACAAUAUGCGGAUCAUGGUGCUCGGGGAAUGUAUCAACUCGGCGUGGCCGGAGAAACUAAGUUCACCCAACAAUCAUAAGCACAUGAGCGGUACGUCUUGCGCGGCACCGAUCGCCGCCGGCAUAGCAGCAACCGUCCUUGACUACUCAAGGGGUUUUCUGAGUCAGAAGGACUGGGACCGACUUCGAAAAACAGGACCCAUGCGGCGAAUGUUUUAUACAAUGAGAGAUCCAGACAGUCACGAUGGAUAUUGGUGGAUUAAGCAUUGGACGCUGUUUGAUCCGGAUCAGAGCGAUACUUGGAUUCAAGAGGAGAUCAAACGAUACCUCAGUUGA